AUGAGAGAGGCAGGCAGGAUCGUUGUGCUUCUAUUAGACAACGCAACAUCCCAUCCCAGUGACCUGAAUCUUACACAUGUGAAAUUGGUGUUUCUGCCAGCUAAUACAACCUCUAAGCUUCAGCCUUUAGACCAAGGAAUUAUCAAGAACAUGAACCAGUUCUACAAAAAAAAGCUUCUGAGAUCUGUUGUAUCAAAGAUUGGUGACGAUACAGUGAAUGUCAAUUCUGUGUCAAAGUGCAUCACAGUGCUUGAUGCCAUUCAGUGGGUUUCAACUGCUGUUAAGGAAGGCAAAGCAGAAACAGUGAAUAAAUGCUUCCUGAAUGCUGGAGUAACAGCGUUCGAUGACGCUGAUAUUGAUGAUGAAUUAAGAUGA